GAUAAAAAAGAUAAAAAAAGUGACAGAAAACCACCAUGUGUUUUGUUACAUCAGCUUUGUGUAAACUUUUGGCUUUUAAGGCCCCAGUUCUGCUUUCUUCCAGGACUUUAACCAAAGCAGUGGUGCAGGCAGCUUGACAGCCAAGCCUGAGUCCCAGUGCGAUGAUGCUGAGGACAUCACUGCUGUGAGGCACUGGGCAGGUCUGCGGCCUGCCUGCCCUCAGCAGUGCUACUGCGCUGCUCCUGCUCCCUGUAUGCACUCCUGACAGAAAGUUUUCGCUUUCUGACAGGAUGCCUUGCAGUACCCACAGGUACUUUACAAGUUGGAGUAAAUUAGACGCUUUAGGACACGGAUUUCAGCUUCUUUGGAGAAGUAUAACUCCCAGCACUGGAGCAAUCUGUGUGCCUAUCGCUAUCCUUGAGACACUUUUAUUCAGUCAAUACCUCUGUCAAGAUGUACCUUGCUAAGGGCUCGCUGUAAUUGGCAGUUCAGUGCAAAACCUCCACAAUUUUUGCUUGAAAUUUCUAAAUGCGCCUUUCACCCAGUGUCACCCCUCUUUGCCAAUCACUGAUUAUUAGGCACAAUAAACUCAAGGGCAGCCGCAGGAAAGGUGAGCCUCACUCGAGCAUGCUAAUAAUUCCAGAUGAGUAAGCACUACCUAGAAUUUCCUCCCCCUCUUCCCUCCAACAGCAUUUCUAUGGCCUCCAAAAAUACCCCACCAUGGACACUCUGUCGCCUCGCACUUCUCUCUCGGUGUUCACCGUUGUUGCUCCACGCCUGGCCGGGCCGUCUCCGCAAAAUACAAACAGCGACACAGGCACAACCAUGCGGCGCGAAAGAGCACCACGACUGGGAACCGAGGGGAGCUGGAGCCCUGCAGGACGGAGGCGGGAGGAGGGGUUGAGAAGUGGGCCGGACGGCCGCGGCGACGGGGCAGGGCUGCGGCCAUCUCAGCCCCGCCCGAGCUGGCCUGGCCCGGCCCAGUGCAGCCCGCGAGCUCGGGAAUCUCUGCUUCUGAGGUUCGGGGGAGGGAGGCGGUCAGCACGCGCCGGUACUCUGUUCCCCGUGGGACGGCCCUCUGCCCGGCGUCGGUACGGCAGCGGGUUAGUGAGUGCUGUGGGUUCCCUGUCCGGCCGCCAGGGAGCUCCUUUUCGGAGCUGGAAAGUUUCAGAGGGCGGUGAGCCCGGGAUGCGGCGCGGAGUGGCGGAGAGAACCUGAUUUCUAACCUGCUUUCCCAAAUUAACAUGAGAGACUCGCUGGAUUUGGGGAUAUCCACUGCCUGCCCAGAGGAGCACUUGGAGGAAUGUGGCUUGAUCUCCCUCUUGUGGAAAAUUAUUGGAACUACAUUCUCGUGUCAUUAAAGAAGAAACAUCCACUAACAGCUAAUAAACUAUGUCAGCAGUUACUGUGAUGCCUUCUGCUGUUGUUGGUACUCAAGGAAAUGAGGAAGUGGACUCUCUGAUCGCACUGCAUUACAAUUACACAGGAAAGCUUAUUCUGAGGGAAAAGGCAACUGAUAACAUAGACCUUUCCACUAUCACAUUUCUGUUCCUAUGUAGUUUCAUAGUCCUGGAAAAUCUGAUGGUGUUGAUUGCCAUUUGGAAAAACAAUAAAUUUCACAACCGCAUGUACUUUUUCAUUGGCAAUCUAGCUCUCUGUGAUCUUUUAGCUGGGAUUGUUUACAAAGUAAACAUUCUUAUGUCUGGGAAGAAAACUCUGAGCUUGUCCUCCACAAUCUGGUUUAUUAGGGAAGGCAGUAUGUUUGUUGCAUUAGGAGCCUCCACCUUCAGCUUAUUAGCUAUAGCUAUUGAGCGACACUUGACAAUGAUUAAGAUGAGGCCUUAUGAUGCAAAUAAAAAAUACAGAGUGUUCCUUCUCAUUGGAACCUGCUGGCUUAUUUCAGUUUCCUUGGGUGCCUUGCCCAUCCUUGGCUGGAACUGUAUAAACAACUUGCCAGAUUGUUCAACAAUUUUGCCUCUUUACUCCAAGAAGUAUGUUGUAUUCUGCAUUAGUAUCUUCAUAGCCAUUCUGGUAGCCAUUGUUAUCCUUUAUGCACGCAUUUACAUCCUGGUAAAGUCCAGCAGCCGUAAUGUCACUAACCACAACAACUCAGAGCGGUCCAUGGCACUCCUUAGGACUGUUGUGAUCGUUGUUAGUGUCUUCAUUGCCUGCUGGUCACCGUUGUUCAUUCUGUUCCUUAUUGAUGUGGCCUGCAGAGUCAGGGAGUGCUCUGUCCUAUUCAAAGCCAACUGGUUUAUAGCUCUGGCUGUCAUAAAUUCUGCAAUGAAUCCUAUCAUCUAUACUUUGGCGAGUAAGGAAAUGCGUCGAGCUUUCUUUCGCCUUGUUUGUGGCUGCCUGGUGAGAUCCAGGGCAGCCAGAUCUUUGCCUAUUCAGCCCACACCAGAUCAUAGCCGAAGUAAAUCCAGCAGCAGCAACACUCAGAAGCCAAAGGAUGAUUUCCCACAGAUGAGCAUUCCCUCAUGUGUCAUUGAGAAACACGAACCUUCAUUUCACAAUGGAAACUUCUGUAAGUAAAGUAUUCCUCAAGACAAGGACCUUUCUGUGGCUUAGAAUUAAACUACAAGUGUAGUUUAAGUAUUUGUGCACUUAAAUUGUAGUGGGAAACACUAAACCCUUAUUUAAGGACUUCUUUAUCAACAAUCAUUUGCUUUGCAUGUCUUUCAGUAAGGCAUCUGAUUCAGAAAAACUUUUCAUGCUACUCAACAGCCAGUGCAGAGUUUAUGCGCAUCUAUUGACAUUGUGACCAUGAUGACAUUGCAUGGUGAAGCUGUGUUUGACACCACCUGAUCCUGCAGGACAUCAGUAAAACCUGCUACAUUCAUUAAAUGUUCACUAAAUAAGUAAAACUUCAGCAUUCACUAAAUGGUGCUGAUAAUAAAAAAAAUGAGUCUGAUUUUUGCUGACUCAGAGAAAAUCUUAUUACAUAUAUUGGGGAUUAUAGUUCUGUAUAUGUAUCUCACUGUUAUGUUAAUGGCCUUACUUGUAUGUGGUAUAAAUAGCUGUAUAUUUGUACAAUUCCUUAUUAAAAAGUCAUUGUCUGGUUAGAGUUUAUUGUAUUUUAAACAUUAUACUGUAGUAUAGAGUACAAGGUGACUAAUUAUAGUAAUAGAUGUCUUUCGAAGGGGAUUUUUAAAAAACAUGAAGUAGUAGCUUUAAACUGACAAACUUUAAUACCGUAUCAAUGCAGUAUUUUUGUUUCCACUGUUACUGAAACUUUUCAUGUUUAGUGAAAGACAACAUGACAGUUGUCACUGUGGCAUUUCACAAUUUAUUUUAACCACAGAGUAGUAAAUAACUAUUGUGAGAGGUUACAUAUGUUCGCUAUUUAAAGUAGUUAAAAUGUGACCCAGCUAUGCAUAUAUCAAGGGCAUGUACUACUUCAAUGCAUAUACUUUUACUUACUAUUUUUAGUGUAUUUAGAAAUGUAUGUAAAGCCUACAUAAACCUGUGUACCUUGUGAAUGCACUACCUAAGCUGAGUUUCUUCAGUUCUGAAGCAGAGAUGUAUCAUUUCAGAGAGCUGUGAACCACAACCUGGUUCUUGUGGAGUUCCUUGUUCUCCGUCUGGGCACUACCGCAGUGUGGGAUUAUGUAAUAAAUUCUUCUUGGGAAGAGGCCCCACCAGUAGGAUGAGAUCCCAUUUUCUGGCAGUGGGACGUUGUGCUUCCAUUGUCUCUAAACACUUUUGUAGAUACAGGAGGGAAGAUACAGUAUAACAGAAUCAUGCUGAACAGCAUCUUUCCAUCUAUACCAGACCCUACCUUGGAUCUGGAAUGAAAGCCCAUUCAGUUUGGAAGACCUUCCAACUUUUCAGGAGCCCCAGAAUCAUCCUUUUGAGGGGCUGUUCCAGAGAAACCUCUGUGAAAACAGCUUUAUAGUUUAUCACCAGCCUCAGUAUAGGAUGCUGUUUGGCAUCAUUGGGUACCUAAGACCUAGAGUAGACAGGACUUCAUAAGCAUCUGGGUUUAUAUCCCCAUGGAAGUGGCCUGUGGUACUUCCAUCAGUCGUACUUUACAGCUAGAGGCUUUGGUGUAGGCUUUCCCUUGAGUGAAAGGGAAAGGGGACUCUGAUUACUUCUCAGUGAAAACAUCUAACUUUUCUUGGGCUCUUUUGAAGAUUCUUGUUUAAUGUCUCAAACCACACUUCACCUUAAGCAUAAUCAGAAGAGGUUGAGGCUUUUUUAAUUAAUAACUUGUAGGAGCUCAUUCUUAGCUUGUGUCUGAUCUUAAUCAUUAACAACAGCAUUAAGACUCUUUCCAAGCAUGUAUGGUGUGUAAGUGAUGUAAUGUCUGUAGCAAAAGCCUUUAAAAUGUAGAGGUUUGCACUGUGAUUAUCUUUACAAGUUAGCAGUGUACUUAUUGUAAAUGUUUUCUUGCUGUUAAUGAAGAACAACAAAGACUGCAUUUGAAUGAAGUAACUGAAAGAGAAUAGUAAGUAUGAAUAACUUCUACCAAAAAUGUUGUAACGCAGGGCAUGUAGAGAGGAAGAACCAGCUAAACAAAGCUUAGAAUGAACGGGAGCAUGAACUGCAGGUAUGGGCUAGGUCAGUAACUGUAGGUUUUUUAGAAAUAAAACUGACAACACUGUAUUGUUGUGGCUCACGUUUUUAGAUGUUACAGUGCUAUUUUGUAUAUUUUCAGUCUUGAAGAUCUGCCUUGAAGUCUGUUUGGAAACUGCUUGCUAAAAUGUUGGUAUGCUUCUAAGUGCUAGCUUAUGAAGUGGUGGCAUGUGGCAGCACUUCUUGCUAUUUGUAGAGGAGAAAGGCUGUAAAGACAGGACAGCUGAUGAAGAAAACACUGUGGCUGAUCUACACCAACCCUCUCAUUGUGUUAUGAUGUUAUGUGAUAUUCCAUAUUUAGGUGAAAAGUAAAAAUUGUAGUAGCCAAAAUCUAGGAACGUGCCUGUGAAUAUAAGUUGUGACAUCUGGAUGAUAGCCUCAGCUGUUGUUAGUUGAUGCAUGGUACAAGCAAUACAAGUAACUGCUGGAAGGCAUGUGAUUAUGUGUCAAUUAAAAAAAAAAAAAAGC